AUAAUUUUAAGAUUCUGAGAUACGGGAUCGGCAAAUGGCGCUACGAAUAGUCUAAAGUUGAAACAACUACGCGUUUAGAAAUCCCGUUUGUCCUUCGGUCGUGAAUUUACAGGCACGCGGAGUGAUUAGUGGCAACGGCAGUAAUGGUGCAUUAUCAAAUUCCUGAAACCGAACGUUGGAAAUUAGCAACUGGCACAUCCAGCUUGGCGAUUAUAACGGUGUCAGCAUGUUGCGAUUUUUUUGGCCAGCGCACGGUCACUGACACUAGCACCAACAAUGGACCAGCAAUUUUGUUUGCGCUGGAACAACCACCCAAACAACCUAACAGAUGUGCUUGCAAGCCUACUACAAAGAGAAGCACUUUGCGAUGUCACACUUGCUUGCGAUGGGGAAACAGUCAAGGCACAUCAGACAAUACUCUCUGCUUGUUCCCCAUAUUUUGAAAGUAUUUUCCUACAAAAUAAUCACCCACAUCCGAUAAUAUUCCUAAAAGAUGUGCGGUUUUCAGAGAUAAAGUCUCUGUUAGAUUUCAUGUAUAAGGGAGAGGUGAAUGUUGGCCAAAAUAUGCUACCGAUGUUCCUAAAGACUGCUGAAAGUUUACAAGUUAGAGGUUUGACAGAAAACAAUACAUUGAAUCCUAAGUCAGAGGAGCGAUCGACGCCGUCCGUGAGCGCAGAAAACUUGUCGUCGCGUGGCGAGUCUUUCGCAACCCCGCCCGCGGCGCACGCGCCGGCCGCGCUCACGCCGCUGCCGCAGCCGCCCGCACACGCGCCGCACGCGCCGCACCACGCCGUGCCGCCGGAAAAGCGACGCAGGAAGAACUCGACGGUGCCCCGAGAGGAUAUAGAGCUGCCCUAUCGGCACUACGAGGGACAUGUGAAGGCCAACACGGGCAAGGGCGGGUCGACGGGGUCGGGCUCGGAGCCGUCGACGCCGCCGCCGGCGCACCUGGGCCGCGCCACGCGCUCGCCCGCGCACACGCCGCUCGUGAAGCAGGAACCGGACUCGCCCUACGCCGCGCCGCACACGCCGCACGCGCCGCUCGCCGCACACCCGCCGCACCACGCGACCUACGACCAGACGCACCUGCCGAGUAUGGGAGUCAAUGAAAUGGCUUCUAUGUUGACGCAACAUUCAAUGAGCAACGAUUGCAACGAUAGCGAGCCCAUAAUGCAACCACACCCGGACCAGACAGACACCAUAGAUGGCUCGAAGGGCUGGCACAUGCGGCUGACGUUCGAGCGCGUGGCGGGCGCGCUCAACCUGCACCGCUGCAAGCUGUGCGGGAAGGUGGUGACGCACAUCCGCAACCACUAUCACGUGCACUUCCCGGGGCGGUUCGAGUGCCCGCUGUGCCGCGCCACGUACACGCGCUCGGACAACCUGCGCACGCACUGCAAGUUCAAGCACCCCGCGUACAACCCCGACACGCGCAAGUUCGAGUCCGCGGCCGGCGCGCCGCCGCACGCGCCGCACGCGCCGCUGUUCGCCAACAACGUGCACCUGGACGCCGGCUUCGACUGAUUGUCCAUGUACUGGCUCGGCCUCGACGCUCUGUGAGCGCGCCCAGCCAGCUCUCUCGCCUCCGAACGUUUUCCUAUUUAGGAUUAAGCUGAAGUGCUAUUACUUAAGCGGGCCUUAAAUUGAGUUCUUAACACUCGUUUUAGUAUUGUCUCGGUUGUGCAUUUGACUUGCCCCAGUGUGACCUUGUAUAUGAUUCCGCGUAAGGAAGUACUAUGUAGACUAUUCCGUUACGGGGUAUACCUUCGAGUCGACGUCGCCGUUACGACGACUCGAAGCGUAUAUUGUAUGAGUAGGUAAGCAAAUUUUUUUCUAUACCAAUCGCUAUACGGGAACGGGCAAAAGCAAUAAUAUGAUGUUAAUUUUAUUACCAUAUUAUUUUUUAUAUUGUAUCGAUAGAAAUCUUAAGCUAUUUAAAUAUACACUAUGUCGAGUAGCGGUGCGACCGCGAAGUGAUGCUGGCUAUUAACGGUUGCCCUCGGGCGGGCCCACAUUGUCUUGUUAUAUUUAUUCAUUAGAUAGGAAAUUAUGAGUUUCCUGUAGCUAAUUAUAUUUAUGUUAUAUUAUUAUCCUAUGAUUGGUGCGGAACGACAACAGAAUGGAUCGAUAAGGACUGGCAAGAGAUUGUGAUCUGUCGUUGGUCAACGACAUAUAAAUAUUGACUGAAUCUCAGUGUAGAUGCAUUUGUAACUCUAUGAGGCCUUUGCAAGAUGGAUAAUUAUUAAGGAUUUGUGAUGUAUUAACGGAUAGCGCCUAAGGAAACAUACGAAAAGAUUUUUAUACUAGACUAGUUGAUCUAUUUACGGAGAUUGUUUUUUUUUAUACUUAGAUAUAUUCUAUUGUCUGAUUUAAUAUAAUUUUAUAUUUAUAUAACUAUGUAAUAUGAUUUAUUAGUGUUGUUUGUUUUUAUUCAUGAUAUAGUAACAUUGAUUUCGUUUAUCGAGUUGAGUUGAGUUGUCGACUAGAAGUAAUAAUACUUGCAAUGUUAACAUGUUUUAUUAUUUUAUCGUUGGUAGGUUUAGUUUCGGUAAGUCGUGAUCGGUGCUGGAGGUCCAAGACCUCUUUCAAUUACUCUAAGGUAGGGAGGAACGAUUCGAGGUUGCGCAUUUAGUAACUAAUAUUGGCAUUCUACAAUUGGGACUAGCCUAGCGUUUAUGUAUGUAUUUUUCAAUUUAAGAUUUAAGAUUGUUACAUUUUUAGCUAAACACUUAGAGUGGUACGGUAACUGAAAUGUGAUAAAAUGGAAUGGUGCUAGAACCAAGAGUGUUAACACGCUACGAUUCGACUCCUAUUGUAAUAUUAAUGUUUUAAUGAUUAGUUACUUUGCAUUAACGUAAGGCGUCUAGCAUCCGGCUGAGGUCGCAUCUGUGUUCAACGGGUACUAAGCAUACGUCUCGGCGUAUAGAUACACACUUAGAGAUUACAGUAUCACUCGAGAUUUUUAUCUUAAUUUUUUCGGACCUCUUGAAAUUUACUAAUGUAUCUAGAUUGUUAAGUCGCCGAUUGUAUAAAUCAGAUCUUAUUUCUACCAAAAACAAUUGAAUGUUUGUUGACGGUAAGAAAUGACCGCAUCCAAAUAGUGACCGUGAUCGUUUCACAUAUUUUUUAUUGUGGCAUUAGUGCUGUUUAGUAGCUGUGAACAUGCAAUUCACUUGUGCAAUUUUUUAAAAAUAGUCAUAACUCGUACCUAGAUUAUACAUUUUGUCUAUUGAAUAUAGGGGCCCACUUGAAAUGUAAGCACUAAGCUCCUUUGUUCCUCUACUGAUAAAUCUUAUACUACCAAACGUUUCUUCCACAAAGAUUUAUAUUUAAUUUUAAGUAUAUUAAAGAUUUUUAUAUCGACCGUUCAAUAAUGUGGGCGCUUAUUAUUUGAUGACAUUUCAUACUCAGUGCAAUAUUACUAGUUAUUUAAUAACGUAACCAAACUAAAGGAUAUUUUAAAAUAAUUAAUGUCUUUGAAAGAGAGUAACUACCAAUUUGUAUUUACAUAAGUAAAGUGCUAAUUUCAACUUCUACAUAGCGAAACGAAGUUUGGGUUACGGCAAUGUACAGGUUUUAUAGCUGGUAAUAUUAAUAUUUAGCUUGUUUACCUCUGCCAAUCGUAAUAGUUAUGUACUGUUUAUUAAUUUAUUAUCGCGCAAGUUAAAGUCUAUUGUUGAAUAGAUCAUAGCUAUCCGGUAUCCGGUACGGGUUCCAUUGCCCAGUAGGAACCAGUGGAGUUUAGGAAUCGCUUCAUCUAAACUUGAACGCAUUUUUGUAAAUUAUUAUCAAUCGAGACCAAUUUUUAAAAAAUUGAAUUUGCUAUAGCAAAUCAACUAGUAACAUAGAAUCUUAUUUUAGAUAUUUUAGGUUAGGAUACUAUGAUAGUGUCUGGCCAAAAUAUUUUGGAGUAUCACAUCAUUUGGCUCAGAAAAUAUCUCCCUUUGAUCUCUUUUCAGCUUUCAGAAAGUGUGCAACUUAAUAAUAAUUAUACGGUGACCACGUAAUUGAACUUAAUGAAAGCUAACUUUAUGCCAUAUGGAAUUUACACAUAAGGUUAACGAAUUACUAAAUUUAGUCUUAUAAAAAUGAGGUCUUGAGGACCUAGUCACUUAUUUGGCCUGAAAUGAAUAUUCCAAUUUAUUGUAUAUUAUUAAAAUUUACCUAUUACGUCACGAAUGUGAUUUUAUCAUUUGGAAUCAAUGGAGUGCAGGAUGAGCUCUAUGGUUAUUUUCAGGAUAGCAAUGGUCUAGUUAUGUUUUAUUUUGUUUCUUCUUUGUAACAUUAGCCAAUUUGUUAUAGUGUCGUAUAUCACAAUAGUUAAUACUAAUAGGGUCGGGGGUGUCAAAUCGUGUACCUUAACAGCUGUUUAUCAGUCUUGUUAUAUUUUUACAUGAAAUUUUAUGAACGAUAUGUUGUUUAUGAUUAUAUUAAUUAAUGUCUUGGUUUGAUGCCUCCGUUAAAAGUUUAAUUUAAAUAAUUUUGUUUUAUGCAAGCAGUUAAUGCAAUUUUUAUUUCACAUUGUUUGAUGUUAUGUAAUGCAAUUUUAACAUGUUGCAAACUCCUGCAUUUAUCUGUUGUAUUUAUUACUAAUUUUUACAUUAAAUUGUGGUAUGUUACAAUCCGUGUAGUUUCAGUUGUGCGUUUUACACGCUCCACCCCAUUUGCAAAUGUUAUGUACCGUUUAAGUACGAAUGCACGGCCUUCAUGCAGCCUGAACACUCGCAGUCUAUGUGUACGUACACAGCAAUGCUUCUAGUUGAAAACCCACACUAUCAUCGAAAUUACAUUCAUGGUGCAUGACAGUGGAUGGCAUAGUGCAACUGAAAGUAUUGUUGAGAUCCGUGGACCGUUAAAUGUUACAGUAAGUUUAGCAUAUGCAUUUCGUAAAUAUCCUAAGUGUGGCAACAUUAUAGAUGUUCAGUGUUAGAAAAUUUUCGGUGCCGUCCACAUAAUAUUGCAAAGCGAUCAAUGUGCUUUUUUACUCAGACGGUUAUUGAAACUAAUUCAAUUUAAAUUAAGUUCCUUAAUAAAAUUUUAACUGAAUAAAGCUCUCGAUUAACUUUAUGGUUACGAGAGAAAUUUUAAAAACAUCGCAUUGCAAAUUAUUGGCGGUCGGGUGGGGCUAGUGGGGUAGUGGAGUGCAGACGAGUGAC